CUCAUCAACUUUAAAUAAACUAUCCAUCAUUUUUUGCUCAAAUUAUCAACUUUACACGUACUAUUCUACUCUUUUAUUCUAUUCUCAUUCGUGUCCAUGAGUCAACUCUCUCCACAAGACCAGCAACAUACCCGUCAAACUAGUUCCAUUCAACUAAAAAACUCUUCAUUGGAAGCCUCUACAACCCCUUUGAACCUUCAGUCUUCUUCAACUUCAUCGUCUCGCUCACUGGAUAGACUUCGCAACGCGUUGAAAGGAUUUACCAUCAAUAAUAACCCUGACUCGUCUAUAUCUCAAAGAGCAAGAAGGUUUUCUGGAGUCGCGAAUGUUGGAAGAAGAGCUAGUGAAUCCGUCUCCAAUACAAAAGUUGUAAAUAUAGUAUAUCCUGUUACUGAUCCAGAAGGCUUGGUUUCAUCCAACACUGAUAAGGAUUGGCGUAAUCUCUCAGAAUCUUCCCUUUCCAACUCAGCCCAUGCUGAUGGAUCUACUACUACUGAUACAUCAGUAAAAUCUAUACCAUUAACAAAAUCAAUGGCUGUUUUGUUUGGUCCCAUAGUACAAUCUGCAAGAUCCAGUAUAGUAAAGCAUGCUGAUAAAUCUGAAUCCAUUGUCAAGUCGGCUUUGGAUCAUUCUGUUCAAAUCUCCCCUAAACAAGAUUCAAGACAAAAUUCUGGUAAACAGCGAAUGCGAAGUCAAACAACCGUAAAAGUAUCAAAAUCACAAUCAUGCAUUCCAACCCAAUCCUUGAUUUCAUCAACCCUACCACGUUAUAGUGUAGAAAGCUACGCUAGUCCAACAGCUGAAACUCCAUCUUUGAAAUCUAAACCAUUGAAUACGGAUAUUGUGUCGGAUUCACUUGCUUUAUUUAAUGCGACCCUCGAGAUCCCUAAACUUGUUGAACCACACGUAUCAUCCGAACCCAUACGCGAAGGCCCAACAUCCACAAAUGGUGAACUUUACAAUGCCACAAUUGAAUCAGAAGACGAUGCAAAUUUAGCUCAGUCUUAUGUUGGGCGUGAUAGCCAGUAUAAAGUGUUUGGGCUCAAACGUGACUCUAUAAAAUCUACCGAUACUCAUUUGAAAGAUCGAAAACAGUUUACUGUAUGGUUUCCUGAAAUUAAAAAUGCGUUUGAUGCAUUCAUCAACUCUUAUUCCUGUGCAUGGGAUAGAGAAAUGCUAUGGCAGGGUCGUAUUUUCGUGACUGUUGACAGUGUAUGCUUUUAUGCUAGCUUGUUUGGACAGAUUGCAAAACUCACACUGGAUUACAUCGACAUUCAAGCAAUUGAAAAGAAAAACACGGUUGGUAUCUUGCCCAAUGCAAUUCGAUUCAACAUGCUGGACAACAAGCAAUAUGUUUUCACAUCACUGCUGAAACGAGAUGCUGCUUUUGAAUUGAUUGAAUCCAAUUGGAUACAGUGUACUAACUCGUUUGAAAAUGAGUUACCUUUGGUAUACGAUCGAAGCAUUUCAGCAAUGUAUGGCGAUGAUAUGCGAUCUCAGCCCAUAUCUAUACCAGCAAAUUUUCCUGGUUUAUCUGCUGGUUUAUCAAGCUUAAAUAAUUCAGUAAUAGGAAUUUCAAACUUUAAGCACUCGACAUCCGCGCUGUUUAUUCCAGAUCAAGUACCAACAAUUCAAUUUCCUGACUUGCAACGUCAUGCUCUUUUAAUACAUCCCUCAAAUGAAACUCAAAUGGCCGGUUUAUCUCAAUCUACUACCAGUAUGGAAACGAGUGAAAAUGCAGUGAAUCUUGAUAACUCGACUACUCCAGUGGUAAAAAUGCUUCGAUCAGGAACAGCGUGUGUUUCAUCAUCUGUAUCGGUGGGCAUUACUUCACCGCAUAAUAUUGGACGACAACGACAAAAUACAGAUUCAUUGCCAGAACAGUCUCAAUUUUCUGAUACUGAUCCAGUUGAUGCUGAAACAAGAUUGACUCCUGCAUUUUUAUUGGUGAAAACUCAAAGUGUAACAGAACAGCUUAUGGAAAGAAUGAUAGAUGUGUCUGAACCUGGUCAAGGGUCAAAAAAGAAAAAAGAAGCAUCUGACCCUGACGAUAAAGUGAUUUCCAAAAGUACUCUACAGUCUGUAUCGAUUGCUCAAAAAAAUCUAUAUGAAUGUGCUGUAUGUUCUUGCGAGUCGCAUUCUGGUAUGAUACUAUGUGACGCGCUUGUAGAUAUGAACGUGGAUGAUGUGUAUGCAAUGAUGUUUGAUGGUGUUGAUCCUGUUUGGUGCAAUUCCUUGAUUCAAGUGUUUAAAUUUGAUGCUGAGGAAUAUGGUGUAGCAUGCCACGAAAUUCAAAUGGUGUUGCAAUCUAAUCAGCACAAUGUCUAUACCGUAGAGUCAAAACUUACAUUCUGCGGACAACCAAAAACAACCAUAAAUGAAAAAACAGCAUUGAUUGUAUCCGUGACAAUUCGAGUGUGUAUCACUCGCUCAGGACCAAUGCAGUCUCGAGUAUUGAUCACCACUGCAAUAUCUGAAUGUGCUCGGGUCAAACUAGAUGAAGAUCUGCAAGCAUUGGGUACAUGGAUUUCAAAAAGACUAAAAAAAGCCAAACAAACAACUGUAUCAUCACUAUACGAAAACUAUGCACCUCGAUGGACAUUGAAGCAACCCAUCUGGAAGUAUUUUACAUUGAUGAUUAUAUGUUCUAUUGUAGUGAUUGUAGUGGCAGUAAUCUAUCAGAUUCAAUCCAACAACCCAGAACAAAGUAAACACGGUAAACAAAGUAAUCAAAUGAAAUCAGAUAAUCUACCAUCACAAACCAGAUCAUCUUUAGCAUCAACAGAGAGCGAGACUCGACAAACAAAAGAUUCGACAGAAACAUUGGUGUCAGUAUUAGCCACACAGAAACAAGUACGCGUAGCAGCAAUGCAAUAUCUUGUACAAGACAUAACAGGAAGACUACAAGGAAUGCAAGAACGAGUCAUGAGAUUGAAUAAGAAACAAAAAACUGAUUUUAGAAAUGAAUAAAAACGAGUCGACAGUUUGCAUUCC